AUGCGUGUAGCAUUAGCAGUCACGGAUUCGGAGCAGUGUACGCAUUUCGCCGUUAAGGUGCCGUCUGGUCCCUUAGUCGUAACGUGCUUCCACAGCGGCGAUUUCUGCCUCGCCAUGGCGUACUCUCAGCCUCCCGACGCAUGGCAAUCAUGGGGCGUGCCCCUCCUCUGGGCUUUACUCGCCCUCGUGCUCACAACCCUCGUGGCAGCCGUGGCAUGGCAGCAGCGCGUGGGGUACCUGCGCAGCCAACAAGGAAUGGCACGGGCCGACCGCCUGCGGGCGAACGCCGGGCAGCGGAAGCGGUACUCUGAGCCUCCCGACGCGUGGCAAUCGUGGGGAAUUCCUUUCCUCUGGGCGUUGCUGGCUCUGGUGCUGACAUCCCUGGUGGUAGCCGUGGCAUGGCAGCAGCGCGUGGGGUACCUGCGAAGCCGAGAGGGAGUGGCACAGGCCGACCACCUCCGGGCCAACGCACGGGCAGCGGAGCGGUCCAAGAGUGUGUUUGUGGCGUCCAUGUCCCACGAGCUGCGCACGCCCAUGAUCGGCAUUAUAGGUUUGCUGGACGCCCUGGCUGACAUGGGGCUGAGCGGGGCUCAAAUAGCGGAUGUGGGGCAGGCGAGGGCGUCGGCGGAAGAUACGGUGCGGCUGGUGAACCGCGUGCUUGAUCUGUCCAAGCUGGAGGCGCGCAAGAUGGGGCUGUGUUGUGCGCCAGUUGACCCGCGAGUUUGGCUGGAAGGAAUCGUCAGGGAGAGCUACUGGCGGGCUCGCCAGAAGGGGAUUGAAUUGGUGGGACUGGUGGAUGAGAACGUGCCUGAGGAAUUGGAAGUUGACGCCAUGAGGCUCACACAAGCUCUCCAAGAACUGAUAGGGUAUCUACAUCUCAAAAUUGUCACCAGACCAGAUGCCAUGAACGGGCAUUUGUUCUUCCCAUCAUCCCAUCCCUCCCAUCAUCCCACUCCUCCCAUCACCCCAUUUCUCCCAUCACCCCAUCCCUCCCAUCACCCCAUCCCUCCCAUCACCCCAUUUCUCCCAUCACCCCAUCCCUCCCAUCACCCCAUCCCUCUCAUCACCCCAUCCCUCCCAUCACCCCAUCCCUCCCAUGACCCCAUCCCCACCAGACAAUGCAAAGCCUCAGACGCACCUCUCCCUCCCUCGCCUCCUCCUCCCCCUCCGUCGUUCCUCUCCUGGCUCACCAGCCUCAUUGCCCGCCUGCCUGCCCGCCUUGUUCUCUGUACCAGAGCUCUCCUCACGCCUGGCCAGGGCAGCUUCUCGUGUGACCAAACCACUGCUGAGAGCACUGAGGAGGAGAGAACCAACCAGAGCUCUUACCACCAGAGUAGCCACCAGAGUGCCUUCCAGAGAAGUGAUGAUGAGAGAAUAGCUCAGCGUAGCAGUCAGAGAUUGGAUGAGAUACACGACCAGAGGAUAGCCCAGAGUAUCGAUGGGAGCAGUGAGAGUGGGGAGGUGUCGGCGCAAGGCAAUGCAGACGCAGGAGGAGGAGGGUGCUUGCCUGCUGAUGCAGUAGGAGGGUGCUUGUCUGGUAUAAGGCUGUGGGCGGCUGAGGGAGUGAGUGGGGUCACGAGGGGGGAUGGAGGAGAGGGGGAUUCGGAGGAGGGUUGGGAAGGAGGUGGGGGGAUGCAGCGGCGGGAAAGUGGGUGCAGCGGUGGGAGUGGGGAGAUGCAGCUGGUUGUGUCGUGUGAAGAUACCGGGUGUGGCAUUGAGGAGGAGAAGCAGGAAGGGAUGUUUGAGUUGCAGGGGCGGACAGAGAGUGGAGGAGCGGGGCUGGGUCUUGCGCUCACGCACCAACUGGUGACCCUCAUGGGCGGCCAUGUGGCCUGCCUGUCUCAUCCCGGCAUCGGCUCAACCUUCGCCUUCUCCGUCCCCUUCUCCUCGCCCCCCUCGCCCCCCGCCGCUCCCUCUCACGUCACCCAUCCUCCCACUUCUCUUACAACCAUUACUCACUCCCCCGCUCCUCCAAUUGGCGGUUUGGAGGGAUUGGCAGUGGGCGUGGUGGCAUCUGAUAAAGUCAAGAGAGAGCUCACGUCUCGCAUUCUAUCAGGUCUCCGAGCACAAGUGCGCACUCUUCCAACGCUUAGGAGCGAGCCAGAGCGAGGGAGAGAAGGUGAAGGAGAGAAUAUUGAGGGAGAGGGAGAGAGCAUGUGUUUAGAUGGAGAAGGAGAGAGGGCCAAGGGAAGACAAAAGGGGAUGUGGUCAGAGGGAGGAGAAAGGAGGUGUUUAGAGGGAGACGAGGGAGCAGAGGGGAUCAAGGGAGGAGAGGUAAUGAGGGAAAGCACUUCUUGGGUGGUGGUGGUUGAGGAUGCAGAUUUGCUGAGAGGGUACGUGAGAGAAAUAGGAGAAGCUGCUGAAAAUGGUGCAUGUAAGAGUGUUAGGAAUGGUGGGAAUGGUGUGGAGUGCGGUGGGGAUCGGUGGUGGAGGAGGGAUGGGCAAGGGAGUGGGGCAGGUGGAGAGAGAGGGGCUGUGGUGGCUCUGGUGCCGGCAGGGGCAGGCAGGAGAGGAGAGGAUGCAGCUUGUAAAGGUGCACGGGGAAGCAGCUGGGAGGCAGCGGUGUGGCAGGCAGGCAUGCGGGCUAUGAGAGGGGUGCAAGGGAUGGUGGUGGGGGUGGUUGUUCUGACGAACUGCUCUGGUAGAGAGGCAAUGGGGGUAUGGGACGGGGUGGAGGAAGGAGAAGAGGUAGAGGAAGUGAGUGUAGGGGAGGAAGAGGAUGGAGAGAAGGGGGCGAGCAGAAGUAUGGAAGAGGGAAUAGAGGAGCAAAGUGAUGAGGAGGUGGGAAUGAAAAGAGGUCAACCUCAGAUGCACUCGCAGAUGCAACGAUCAUUGCAUACAGCUGCUACUGCCGCUGCCGCUGCCGCUGCCACUGCCGCUGCCUCUGCCUCUGCCUCUGCCUCUGCCGCUGCUCCUUCUUCCUCUCCUCCUUGUGUCUCUGCUACCAUUCCACCCCGGGUGGUCACCUGUCGCCGCCCGCUGCUCUCUCACCAUCUGCACCACGCCGUUCAGAUGGCAGCAUUUGGACUCGGCGUCAACAGCCCAUACCAGGGAAACAGGGCCUGUGAGGGGCAGGGCGGUCUGGGGGUGCAACUGAGGUGUACUGAACUGGGUGCUGCGAGCUUGUGCAAUGGCAGCACCCACGUUACAAGGAGGGGCAAUGUGGAUGCAGGGCAAGAUGAGGGUCAAAUCACGCAGGGUUUGAGUGGCAUGGCACGAGUGCGAGUGGAUGGUGCAGUUGCAGCAGCCGGUGAUGCACCCAGCAGCCAAAUCAGCAGUCUCAGGACCAAUAGAAAGCCGGCCGCUGCUGCCGAAGCGAAUGCAGAAGUACAAGGAAUGAGGGAGCUGCAGAGGAGUGCGGCCACACCAGCCCCCGAUGCUGACCAUUCAGCCUGGGAGGCGGAUUCAACACUGCCGCAGGGCAGUGAGGUGCUGCAAGGGAGUGGGAGAUCACAGGCAGGCAAGGGAGGAACUGUGGUGCUGCAGCGGGUGGGUGUGCAGGCAGCCAAGUGGUUGAGUGCGGUGCAGCAGGGUGGGGGGUUGCUAGGGGGGGUGGGCGUGCUGGUGGUGGACGAUGCGGCGGUGAAUCUGGUGGUGGCGCGCCGCACUCUCACUCGCAGCGGUGCCACCGUCACCACCGCUGCCAGCGGGGAGGAGGCGCUCCGGCGAGUCAAGCUCGCCUUGGGGGCCGCUUCACAGCCCAUGGACAUGGCCAUGGAUGGACAUGUGUAUGGGCAUGUGGAUGUGGUGCUCAUGGACCUGCAGAUGCCCCUCAUGGACGGCUUUGCAGCAACAGAGGCCAUACGAGCGUACGAGGCCGACACAGCCCUUCACCUGGCAUCAACCUCAGAAGCCACAGUGGCACUGACAGCAGAUGUGGAUGAUGAGGUCACUCGGCGCUGCCUUGCGGGUGGCUUUGAUGGCGUUCUGCAGAAGCCUGUCGACCCGAAGCUGCUGGCGCAGCUGUUGCUGCGCAUUAAUAGCAGGCGCGGGCUGCGGCACAUGCGCAGUGCUUCACUGCCUGUUGAUGCCGCGCCAGCCGAUCGGCACUUGGUGGUGACUGCCUCAGGGCCGGACAGGCUGGGCAUCGUGUCGACGCUGGCGAAGCGGAUCUUGGAGUGCGGCGGGAACGUGGAGGCCGCGCCCUCCGAGCGUCAUCUGGUGGUAACAGCGUCAGGCCCGGACAGGCUGGGCAUCGUGUCGACGCUGGCGAAGCGGAUCCUCGAGUGCGGCGGGAACGUGGAGGAGAGCCGCAUGGCGCGGCUGGCGGGAGACUUUUCCAUCAUCAUGCUCAUCCGCGUGGACGCCACAUCGCCCCGGAUAGCGGAGGACCUUCGGCUCAAGCUGCUUGAAGUGCAGGGGUUGCAGGUGAGCACGCGCUGGACGGUGGACGAGCGCAGUGACGAGACGGCCCCCAAACGCAAGUUCCGGCGGCUGGUGCUGCGAGGAGCCGACAACCCCGGGCUGGUGUACAAUGUCACUGAGUACCUGUCAUCGAAGAAUAUCAACAUUGAAAAUCUAGAGACUUUCACAGAGGAGGCCCCCUUCGGAGGCACCAUGCUGUUCCUGAUGGAGGGGGUCAUCGCCAUGCCCAUCCGCCUGCCCACGCGGCAGUUGGAGCGGCAGCUGGACGCGUUGCAGCAGUCGCUGGGAGUGCAGAUCGAGCUGCUGAAUCUGGACCCAAAAGACAUGGUGGAGGACUGGAGGGUGUGGCAGCAAACAAUGGCGCGGAGUUGGGGGCUACCAAAGUACAGCUCACUAACAGCAGCCAAACCACCACCGCCUUUCCACAUCUGA